ACACCUAAGGGUCAUUGUUUAUAUCCAUUCAUACAUGCCACUUCUGCCUGUAUGUUUCUGGACCUUGACAGCAAGACAGAGCCGUAGAAGACAGAGAAAUAAACAUCUCACCGCUGUCCUUUCUUCCAUUUCUGCUUGCCAGCGCUCACCUUGAAGCCUCAGCACCUGUUCUUCAGAGAGGAUCACAUCAGACGCGGAAACCUUGCGGAUUUCAGCUAAACAAUUCCUGUUAAGAUCUUCCAAAACCAGCUGCCACCAUUUCACCUCCAACAGCCAUGUACAGCUCCAACUACUCCAGGGCCAAGUUUGGCCUGGAGGCAAGGCCCCUGCACAGGCCCAAGGGGAAAAGCUGUGGCUACUACAUGAGGAUCGUCUUCUUCUUUUCCUCCCUGAUCCAGUCUCUUAUUAUCGUCAGCUUGGUGCUCUUCCUCAUCUAUGGAAAACCAGAGAAGUCUGCAGAGGAGAAGAGGGUCAAGGAGCUGGAGCUGGGCUUCAACAGGCUGAGUGAGACCAACAUCCAGCUGAGAAAGGAGAAAGGCGAUUUGGGAGCUCAGCUGGGAGCUCGCACAGCUGAGAAAGAUGCUCUAGAGAAAGACAUAGCAAAGCUGAAGACUGAAGCCAACAACACAGAACAUGUGCUGAAAAAUAAACUGGCUAUCUGUGACAGAAUGUCUACAACAACAUUUCGGCGUCCCACCCCUCCGAUCCAGUCUCCUUUUUUGGUCACUACCAGCAGUGAAUUAAAGACUUUGCAGAGCCUCAACGCCCAGCAGAAAGCCAUGAUAAAUCUUAUUCAGGCAAACUUCACCCAGACAGUUCUGUACAUGAGCCAGGAGAGAGACAACGCCAUCAAAGACAGAGACACACACCACCAGGAUGCCAUCACCCUGCGCAGGGAGAACACCAUGCUAAAAGAGCAGCUCACCUCCUACACCAGGAAGUGCAAAGAGGACUUUGCUAAUUCUUUGGACGGGAUCAAAUCUGUGACCAGGGAUUUCCUGAACAGGAUCAACAACCUGUUUCCCCACCAGCUGACCUUCCACCUUACCUGUGACAGCCAGCAGGAGCAAAUGGAGAAGAUAAGAAACAGCUGCACAAACCUGUCCAGAGACGUGGAGAAUAAGUUCCAACUGUAUUUAGACAAAGUGGGCAACAAGGUGGCCGAGAUCCAAGUCCUGUCCAGUCGGUUGGAGGUGCAAAACACACAUUUGAACUCUGAUCUGCAGCAGUGUCAACGCAGUCGCAGUGAGGCGAUUGCUGAUGCCGCCCAGCAGCUACAGCUCAAGCAAAAGACUCACGACGACCAGGUGGAGAAAUUACUGAUUGAGCAGAACCGGCUGAGAGAUCAGAAGAAGCUGCAGGAAGAAAAUUUGGCCCUGAAAGAGAAAGAGCUUCAGAGCCUCCAGCAAAUGCUCUCUGCUCAGCCCAAUUUUAAGCCCGGUGUGCCUAAAGCAGCAGGAGUACCUGGCAUCAGCAAAACGCCAACGGUGAGAUGAAAUGAACCAGCAGAAUGACUGAAGGCACCAGUGGCGCUUGACAGCGAUCAACAUUGUGCCUGUAAAACAAUUUAAAUGACGUGUACAUAUUCCUGACACAACACACUUUAACACAACCUGUAAAUACUCCAUGUUAAUGACAUAUUUACUGUUGUCAGUCUGUGCAUGUUUUGUUUAGCUCUACUUGGAAUAGAUGAUUAAUAUGUGUUUAACUUGUGUUUGAGUUUAAACAUAUGCUUUGAAAAGCCUUGGUAUCUACCCAGGUAAAUGUAAAAAUUUUCAUGACACUGGUGUAAAUAUUUUCUAUUGUGUGUCACUCACUGUGGUUUUUGUCGUUGGCUUGUAUUUACUGUGGAAUUCAAAUUAAAUUAACCAAAAACUGACUCACUA